UUUGUCUCAUUUGCUCCACAGCUAUGCACUCAAACGGACCCUACGUUCAUCCUUUUGUGUUUUCUUGAGAUCCACAUACACCACAUGGACUUUGCAUUAGAAGUUCGUUUUUAGUCGCUUUUUCUUUUUGGUUUAAUCAUGUUGAAAAACAAUGGAAAGACUGUCAUUUCCGUAUCGUGCACGGCGUGCCUCUGCCUGCUGCUGCUCCUGGUCGCUGUGCAGCAUCACCGGGUUCAGGUGGACGAGCAGACGACCGGAGACGGAGACGCCGGUGCGCGCUCGCCUCUCCAAGACGGCGCGCCGGAGCAGGACGCGCAGCCCGGGAGCGCACAGGAUAAGAAAGGAUUCUCGGCGUACUUCACCAAGCUGACCCGCGGGAGGAGGGAGGUGGACAAGCCCGCACGCUCCUCUGCGUCCCACGGUGACCCCCCUCCGGCCGAGGACAUCAGCGCGGAUGACAUCUUCAUCGCAGUGAAGACCACCAAGAAGUUCCACCAGUCCAGGCUCAACCUGCUGCUGGACACAUGGAUCUCCAGAAACAUGCAACAGACGUACAUCUUCACAGACGGAGAGGAUGAGGAGCUAAAAAAGAAAACUGGGGGUCAUGCAAUCAACACCAACUGCUCUGCAGCUCAUAGCCGACAAGCUCUGUCUUGCAAGAUGGCGGUGGAAUACGACAAGUUCAUAGAGUCUGGGAAAAAGUGGUUCUGUCAUGUAGAUGACGAUAAUUAUGUGAAUGUUCGGACUCUGGUGAAGCACCUGUCUCAGUUCCCCCACACUCAGGACAUGUACAUUGGUAAACCCAGCCUGGACCGGCCCAUAGAGGCCACAGAGAGGCUGGGGGACAAUAAGAUGAAACCAGUCAACUUCUGGUUUGCUACUGGAGGAGCUGGAUUCUGUGUGAGUCGGGGUCUGGCACUGAAGAUGAGCCCAUGGGCCAGUGGUGGUCACUUCAUGAACACGGCAGAAAAGAUCCGUCUGCCCGACGACUGCACCAUCGGCUACAUCAUUGAGUCGGUUCUGGGGGUCCCUCUGACCCGCAGCAACCUGUUUCACUCCCACCUGGAAAACCUGCAACAAGUGUCAAGAUCUGAGAUUCACAAGCAGAUCACACUCAGUUAUGGGAUGUUUGAAAACAAGAGUAAUAUCAUCAAUUUGAAAGGGGCUUUCCCUGUGGAGGAGGACCCAUCAAGGUUCAAGUCUGUGCACUGUCUCCUGUACCCAGACACCCCGUGGUGUCCUCCCCAGGUUGCCUUCUAGGGCGACCGCUCCUUUCUCAUCCUCGUCCCUCAUCGUGCCUCGGUAUCUGAAAGGCUCGUGGGGACCAGUGUUUGGUAUUAGACCGUGUUUCCGCUGUGUUCUUGCUGCAGCGGUGCACGGUCUUUAAUAGUUUUACUGGGCUGCUGUGCGGCCCGCCUCGGGACUUAUUCCUUUCCUGUCCGACGCCGGAGCCUCGUCCCGCUCGGGGUGGAGGACUCUACUCGACAGGAAGUUGCUUUCACCGUUUAGCUUUGCAGGCAAUCAGUUGGGCUUUGUGAUGUAUAUGUUGCUUGUAAAUGUAUCUGCAAUUCUCAUAGAAUGUAUUGUCAUAUAUUCCAGCCUUUUUUGCCAGCUUUAAAUUAACACUUUUCGCUUUUUAAAAAAUGCAAAGUCAUUCAGGUCUAUGUUUGAAGGCUUUGUGGCUUUUAUCACAUAUAAUUGGCCUUUUUUGUUGUUUAGUUCUAACUCAGAUGACUCCGGACAAAUGCUCUAAUAUGAAGAUUUUGUUGUACUUUUAGUGAACAGUGUUAUUUUAACCACAACUUGAGCUGGCACAUUUCCAAAUGCAUCCUUUUGGUGACCUAAUCUGAGGUAUUUCAGGACAAAGCACUUUUUCCCUUUUUUGAUAUUUUUAUUGGGUGAACCGACCUAGUUUUUAAUGACAUACUUCAGAUUAGCGUCCAAACGAACGAAAGAAAAAUAAUAAUAACCCCUCAAAAUCUCAUCUUCUAUUCAUUUUAUAUGUAUUUAAAAACACUCCUUGCAUUUGUUACAAUCAGGGAAAAGGAAUGAGUGGAAGAGAUUUUGAUUUGGGGUUACAAUCAGCUUUUUAUUGUUGUUUAAAUAUUGCACAGCUGUGUUUCAAAUGAGCUGAUGUUUGCUCCUCACCUCAACAGGUCCAACAGCAGAGAAUUACCAGCUCAAAACAGCAAAAAAAAAAAAAAAGCAGUUUGAAUGAGCAGAAUUGGAAUAACAACCACACAUGCAACUCAAGCCACAGUCUAUAAUAGUUUGCACAAAAGACUGAUGAGCCUCACUGUUAUUAUCCACAUGAAUGUUCCGUAUUUACACAAAAUACUUUCUGGUUACUGUUGAGACCUGCGAGGUGAAAGCAGCAUCAGUGUUUCCACAUGGAGGUUCCCUCUGUGUUUUCUCUCACCCAUAUUGGGUUACGCUAUACAUCCUAAUUACAGUAUUGUGUACUGUUGUCUAAAUAAGUAGUGAUUGUAUAUGCUUAGAAUGUAAUUUCCCCCCUUUGUGGUUUACACACGCUUUUAACGACCUGGAUGUUAUUUUUUUUUUUUGUACUGCUUUGAACUGUGCUAUAAAUGACUAUGGUGUUUAUUCUCCAGUAUCUGGAGGGUUCGAACAGUUCAUUCCCAAUACUGGCUUCUCAGGGAUUAUGAGCUGAUCCUGGUAUUAACUACCAUGGGACCCACGGUGGGACCUAAAACUUUGAAUAAAAGUGCAUAACCACUGAGAAACUUGA